GAACGUACGUGUGUGUGUGGCAAUUGAAUUGGGAUGGGCCUUUACAUGUAAAUAUGAAGACACGACAAAGCCCGAUGUGAACUUUAACUCUUCCUCCUGCUGUUGAUUUUAAACCUUCGCAUUCUGGCCUGUCCCCGAACGGAACAACAGGGAAGCGAGGCUUAACAGCCGGGAAGAAAGAAUUUCCGUUAAAGCGCUUAGGGCCAAAGAAAACUCAACAAAACACUGAAAUAGAUCGGAAGGCUAGGUUUUACAACAAUUGCGGACAGUUUUUGUUGCAAUACUUGAUUCCUGAGCGAAGAUCAUGGCUGUAUGACGUUCUCCACUAAUUCACAAGUUAGUCUACAACUAACACAGCAAUCCGAAAUUGGACUGAAGUGGAAUGGAAACUACAUCACAGCCCUGAUCCCUGAUUAUCCAGAAAUAAUUGUCAACGGGACAGAUUCCAACUCGCGAGGCAACCAGCAAGCAACGCAACCGUUCACUGAACACCCUAAAGUUAAAAAAUAUAUAAACUACCCACCAGUAGUCGUGCGUGCGAAAUGGUGAACUCCGGUCUCUUCGGGUCAAGUCGGUAUCAUGUGAGUUCUCAGCUGACUCCAGUCGACGUGCCUCAGCAAUUCGGGCUGGUCACAGAGUUGCUUCUCUGCAGUAAACCUAGAAAGUGGAAUCCCACCUCACAAUAUCAGGGGCCAACAGAUUCUGGGUACUAAAUAUCUUCAGUCAAAGCCUAGUACACUCGGGAUCCAUGUCAAGAUGGGACUGACUUUUUAAAGAACUGAGCUCCGUUGCAUUGUCUGCUAUGGUGAUGGCACACAGCCUCUGUUACAGCUCAUUGACACCUUCUGGCAGGCAGCUGUUUCAGUCCCCCGCACUGGAAGUAUAUGGGAGGAAUGCACCAUGUGCUGCAGCACAUAUCCAGAAUCCAUUAUGCUGGCAAACAGACUGUUUUGUACCGGCACACACUUCCACUACACAUCUGGAAGGAAAAGGGUGUAAGCAAGGAGAUGGAAUAAAUGAAAGUAUGGACACCACUGUGGAAUCUCCAGAAAACAAUCCAGUGUUAAAUGCAGUGAGAACAACUACAGCAAACGCUGAAUUGAAGAAUCCUCCUUUGAGGAAUGAGUUUUUUUUCAGGAGAAAGCACAAGCGGGAGCAGGAGGAAGAUGAUGCUCCUGCUAGGAAAAAACGUCUAACGGAGAAGAUGCUUGACUGUCUGGUGACUUCAGUGAAUGUGUCAUGCAGCUCUUGGCCUUCCACUUUCAAUCCCCAGGAAAGUGGGAUAUCUGAUGUUGCAUCCCCUUCUUGGCAGAUUGGACCCAGCUCGCAGGAAUUUAGGGUUAUCGAGAAUGAAGCAGCCUACGUGGAUAUGAAACCUGAUCCAAACGAAGAAGGCUUACAAAAGCUGAAGGAGAUUGAAAACCGGCUUGUUGAGGGAGAUGAUCCAGAAGGUGAAGGAAUUGAGGUUUCAGACAUGCCAGUGUUAGUUUUGUCUGAUUCUCUACGAGAAGAGCUGAGGCCUGGCCUGGAAGAAAUUUUGCCUCGUAGAAUAAUGGAAUCCCUGAAUCGCCCAUGUAUGGAGCUUGUUUUGUGGAGACCCCCAUGUGAGCCACUUUCAGAUAAACUAGCAGCUUUAACGGAGCAAAGAAACUCCAAACAUAGGCAGCCACAGUGCAACCCUGAUGUGUACAACAAGAGCCCAAAAUUGGAUUCAUCCUUAAUGUGCGGAGAUAUGAAUCUAGCCAACACAUCUGAAGAGGACAUGGAGCUUUAGAAACAACUUGCAGGACAGAUGUGUGGGGUAGAAGCAUUCUGACUUGCAAAGACUCUCCAUGGGAAGGUGUGGACUAUUUUCCGUUCAAGUUUUAAAAACUUUUUAAAAUGACAUUUUGGAAGUUUUGAUGCCCCCACUGUUCUUGCAUAAACCAAAUUCUGAACAUUGCAGUUUUGUACAGUUUCUGUGUAAUGACUGCGUAUGGGGUAGCCUUUCUAUUUUUGUAAGCCUGUUCCUAUUGCAGUCGAUUGGUCUAAGCUGUGAAGUAACUAAUCACAGUCCAAUAUCAUUUCUUUUUAACAACUGAUGUUCUUGGGGCAGUGUGCUCUAAUUUGUAAUGCACCCAAGAUGCUAAUUGUUUUUGUUUCUAUUUAGAUAGAUGGUAAGGUAGGAAAUUGGGAAAAGCUUUCCAAGAGUUGUGCAUGAGAUUUGUAGCAUGUAUGGAUAUACAUGGAAGGUAUUUUGGACUGUUCUUAAAUGUUGAAUGUAAAAGUUCUGAGUGACCUGCCACUCACUAGUCAUUAACCCAUGGUAAAUGAUAGGUUUUCCUAUGCUGUCUCUGACAAAUGGAGUAAAAAUGCUACAGAGAAUCUUUAAUUGGAGUAAAUGCAAAAGAAUAUAAUUUUUGUAAUUCAGUCUCAUUUGUGCAAUCACAUCUUGGUAAACCUGUUACUUUUGAACCUAUUUCUUACAGAAGCUGUGGGAAACCUGCAUAUCGCUUACUGCUUGAAGAGUAUCCUCAUUUUUAUCCCAGCAAAUGAAAAUGGUAGCCUAAUUUAAUUGACUAGAACUUGCUUGUUAACAUUUUUUUUGUUUAGAAAGUUUAGCAUUCUUAGACACUGGUAUUUACAGACCUAUUGGUGACGGGUUGCUACGAACAUACAUCUUUCCUUGUAAAGCUGAGUUUACUGGUCUUACAAACCAAUACAUGGAUUUUUUUUUUGUUUUGUAUUGUGUUUCUAGGAAAAGGCGGGGGCAGAGGGCUGUUUGCAGCUUUUAAGCUUGUUUUGUCAUUCAGUUGAUCAUGGCUGAUUCUGUUCUCACCUUCAUUCACAUGUUCAAAUCUGUUUCACCUUUUAUGGUUCAAAGCAAAUGCUUGUCUCUUUCGGAAACAAUCUUUACAGCAUUGAAAUUAACCUAGGAUUUGGUUGCCUCUUUGAAUGUAGAACAGUACUUCAACACACUGAUACUUGUAGAGUCGAGACUGCGGACCAUGGAGAAAGGAGAUUGUUGAGCAGGUUAAUAAAAUGGCUGCCAACUGAAAUUUAGGUGUUUAGUUUAAAAGGUGUAAAGCUGGCAAUCACCUACUCUAAUAGCAGUUUGGGGAGAUAUUAACACAAAUAUUGGGCCUUUACAGCUUCUAACUAUUUCCUAAUUUAACUUCAGUGUAACCAUGUAGAACCCUGUGUACAACCAACUAUUAAAACGGUUGAAGUGCCAAGAUGUUAACAAAUAUCAGAAUCUUAAAAUAACAUUCGAAGCAAUGACCAAAACACGGUACAUCAAAUGCAGUCGACCAAGUUUGUCAUAAAUUUUAGCAUAACCUCUUUGCUUUUCAUUUUUUCUCCUAGAUUUGAGCUGUUAUGCUUUUUCUGAGAUCUUGCAAAUCUGGCUGUCAAUUUCACUGAUUUCAGUAUUUCUGCAAAGAUCCUUUUACACUACUGUUUUAAUCCCAAUUUUCAAAUAGUAUGACCUCUUUUCCAAAAUGUAAGCUGUUACAUUUUGAAAUGAAUUUGCUAAUUAAAUAUUAUUCUGCAGUGUUUUUAUUGUUUUGAAAUGACUUAUUUUCAGAAAUGACUAUCUCUUUGAACAUCACCAAGAUAUGAUUAACUUAACAGGUUUAGAAUUUUGAUUCCAAAGAUUAAAUUGUUAAUUUUAAAUAAGUAAUUCCAGCGCUGAUCCUUGUGGGAUUCCACUUCUUUUGAUAAUCUGCAACUCUGAGGAGCAGUCUUUUACUGCUGCACCCUUCUUACUGUCUUGAACCUAAAUAACCAACCACUUUUCUAGUGCAUCUUGAUUCCUUGUGAUCUGUAUUGAUUUAGUCUGUUAUGUGGCACUUCAAAAAAGGCCAUUUGAAAAACUGGAUAUAUUAACAUUGUGUACCCUGUCAUGUUUUCAAGUAAUUUAAUGAGGUUGGGGAAUUUUCUUUCUUGCUUCUGGAAUAUAAUUUAUAAUGUCAGCUGUCCAGUCCUCUGAUUAAAAAGAUACCUUUAUUUAAUGUGCAAUAAGUGUAUUGACUGUCUCAUCAGUUUUAUAACAUAGUUAUAAUCGAUCCAGAUUUGAUUUUAUCAUCUUUUGACUGGUUAGUUCAUUUCCUGUUACUUAAAAUGCAGUUAUAUUGUUUCUGUGCUUUUCUUGAUGUCAUGACGCCAGAUCUGCCCCCUUCUGAAUGUUGACAUUCCUCUCAAAGUAUUAUCAUUACCUUCUGAAUUUAUCUUGUCCAUCCUCCAGUGAACCUAUUCCCAUCCUAAUGUUUCUUUUUCAUUUAUAUGUGCAUAAACAUUUUACUGUGCUGCUUUAAUUUAGUAGCUUUUCUUUGCUUUCCCAAUUUGUUCAUUUAAUUCCUCUAAGGGAAAAUAUGAAGAUAUUAUGUUAUCUCCUGCUUUACUACAAGAAUUAACCUGAUUAAAAUAACAACUCCUUACAGAAUAUCUUGGAUAUAACUUCACCUUUUGAGUGACCAAGAAAUUAAAUAGGAUAGGUAAACUUUUUAGUAUAUAUGAAGCAUGAUGGCUAUCAAAGACUUAUUUAUUUUGAUACUAAAUUGAUAGUGCCCAGCUGCACAAGUUGAGGUGCAUUUAUUUGUAGCUUUGUAAUUGGAUGUUAUUGGUAGUUUUUUAGAAAUGAGAAAUGCAGCAUUUUUGGAAACUUUUUAUAUACCUUGAAAGUGAUUUGCUCUUUCAUUUAAGUGGAAAAUCUGGGAGAAGCAGUUUUGAACAGGAAAAAUCGUUUAUUUGCCAUGAAAUGGCUCAUCUAAUUGGUAAAAAGCAGCAUUCUUAUGUAGCUGACUUCAAGUUUAACAUGAUAGCGAAAUACCUAUAACAAACGAUCUUCAGAAAUUACUACGUUCUCCAUGAUCACUGCAGAAUUUUUGAAGCAGACUUCUUUCCAAUGUCUGUAUUUGUAAAUGUCUGCUAAUAUUCAUACCUCUUGAUUCUCCAGGUUUAUGAACGGGUGACUGGAUUUCCACAUAGCUAACUCUUCUUGUGUGUUUUCUAAAUUUAAUCUUAAGAUUUGUCACUAAAUUACCAAUAUGCCAAAGGUGCCAAUUAGUUUAAUUUUAAAUAAUUUUUAAAUAAUUGAAAUUUGGCAUUUAGUGAAGCUGAUACUUUAUGGGUCAAUAUUUGCGAAAGGAUGAACUAUAUACCGAGGCUUUGUUGAAAUGCUGCGAUUAGGCAGCGCCCAAUUAUCUUAGUGCAUCAUUGUGUAUAGUGUUUUGAUUCUAUUUAUUCUGUGCUGUAUGCUGGGUUUCUUUAGAGUUCAGAACCGUAAUGUACAGAGACUUUACCUUCAUGGUUACUCUUUGCCUGAUUUUUUAAUACUGAAUAAACUGCCUAUAAUUGCUCUCCAAUUUAAUUGUACACUAGUGUCAGUAUCUCUGCCUGGGCCAGAAGACAAUGUAACUAAGUUGUUCCUUCUUGAUAUUUAGUGAUUGCUAUUACAAAGACUGACAUUAAUACAAGCUCUAUCAGAGUGAGGUGUGUAUGAUUAAUAUAAAAACUACCCAUAUAAAGACAUCAGAAUUGCAGAAUUAACUCAUUGGGUACAGUGCAUCCAGCCUGAAACUGCCAGAUUCCUGUUUUGGCUUAACUACCCAGUCUUCAGCCAGUCUUGGAACAAAACGCAACACAACCUGUUUCACUAAAUUUGCAUCUACCUUGGAAAUUCCAUUU